AAAGAAAUCCUCCCUCGUUCAAAAUGCUUUCCAACUACAAUUCAAAAUCAUCUAUUUAUAUGGCAAGUUAGUGUUAACUUUUAAAAUAACUUGUGCGUACAAGCAAUCAAUGAAUAUCAAUAUAUAAACAGGCCAAGAACAACCGACACAAGCACGAUUUGCGAAACUUGAAAAGAUAACAGUCAUGAGAAACCCAACUCUUCUUCUUGUUCUUCUCUUCGUUGUUGUUCUGUUCUCCUAUGCGGCGGCGAGGAAUCAAUUUGCGCCUGGUGGAUGGAGUCCCAUCGAUGACAUCAACGAUCCUCAUGUCACCGAAAUCGCCAAUUUCGCCGUCACUGAGUAUGACAGGCGAAGUGGAGCGAAGCUGAAGUUCGAGAAAGUUAUCAACGGUGAAUCUCAGGUGGUUGCUGGGACUAAUUACCGUCUCACCCUUUCCGCUUCCGAUGGUUCCUAUUCUAAGAAUUACGAAGCUGUUGUUUGGGAGAAGAUAUGGCAGCACUUCAGGAAUCUCACUUCCUUUGUACCUGUUCAUGCUUGAAUAUUAUUGAACGUUGAUUAUUAUGUAAUGAUUAUCUUAUAUAUGUUUUAUUAUCAUAUCAAUAAAACUUUAUGGAUUGGAAUGUGAA